GGUAUAAGUAUAAAAGGAGGGCCAGUGGACGACUCUCCUAGGGUUUGUUUAUUAGGGUUUCGGUGGAUCGCUAUCUCUUCGGCACUUGGCGCAGUCGAGCACCCAGAAGACGAAGGGAAAAUGCCGUCGCAUAAGACGUUCAGAAUCAAGAAGAAGUUGGCGAAGAAGAUGAGGCAGAACAGGCCCAUCCCCUACUGGAUCCGCAUGAGAACCGACAACACCAUCAGGUACAACGCUAAGCGUCGCCACUGGCGUCGCACCAAGCUUGGAUUCUAAGCUGCUUGCUUUGCCUCAGUUCGGGUUAUCCAAUUAAUUAGUUUUUCUUUUUUAUUUUUAUUUAUCCGAAAACAAUGCUUUUUGAAGCUGUGGCGUUUUGCAUUUAUUUGGAGACUAUAUUAUGUAAGGAACUUAUAGUAGUCCAUACUAAUGCUGUUCGACUUCGACACCUCUUUUUAAAGUAAUUCAGAUUCUUCGCAUUUUGUAUUGCGAGUUAUUGCAGUUUUGUCA